AUGGGAUUGCUCUUGGAACAGAUUUCGCUGCUGGUGGCCUUGGCCAUAUGUGUGGUUCGAGGCGACGAUGGGUUCUUGACAGAGCCGCCAGAUUACAUCAAGGAGUGUAGGAUAGCCGACAAGGACUUUGUCAACUGCUCGACCCACAGCAUCCAGCAGCUGUUCGACAAGCUCAACGACGGCAUUCCCGGGCUCACCAGCAUCAAGAGCUUCGACCCCUUUUAUCUCAACCGCAUCCGGAUCACGCAAGGCAACAGCAACGCGAUCAACCUCAAGGUGGAGCUGGCCAACGUUAAGAUCAUCGGAUUUGGGCAUACGCACGUGCUGGAGAGUCAGGUCUUUAAGAAGGACUACAGCUGGAAGACUACAUUCACACUGCCCGUUAUGAAGCUGCAGGGCGAGUACAGUCUGUUUGGUCGCAUCCUGCUCAUUCCACUGAACGGAAAGGGGCAGGUGUUUCUGGACGCAGAAAACAUGACAGUGACGAUGCACACGAAGACGCGGCUCUACUCCAAGGGCGGAUUCACGUUCUACAAUGUGACCAGCCUACACGUGGACUUCAAAAUGGAUGGCCUCAAGUCGUACUUCUCCAAUUUGUUCAAUGGCAACAAGCAACUGGAGGACAGUACGAACAAGUUCUUCAACGACAACUGGCGGAUGCUGGCCGAUGCCCUGUACACCGUCAUCACCCAGACCAUCGAGGACAUUCUGCUGGACGUGCUGAAGAAGAUAUUCCACUUUAUACCGGCCAACUACUUUGUCAGCGAUAUUCCAACGCCGGAACAACUGUACGGGAGAGCCAAGCCGAAGCCCAAAUGA